UUGGAUUGAGUCAUUGCAUUCAGUGUCUCAAGCACGGCACAAUCAGGUGUCUGCUGUCUCCUCGCUCUCAAGUCUCCCGUCAAGCACACAACAACAUCACCAAGGCAUCCGCAGGCCAAUGCGCUGAUCGAACGCUUUAACCGUACCUUGUGAAGGAUUGGAUACGUCCGUAUCUCAGCAAGGAGCAAACGAACUGGGACAGAGUGAUUCCCUUGGCCUUGUACGCGUAUCGUACGACGGAGCAUGAGUCCACAGGAUUCACGCCAUUCAAGAUGCUGUACGGCCGAGAAGCGGUGCAUCCGAGCAGCACGGCAAGGCUUGUCGCGAUGAAUGCAGAGCCAAUCGACGUCGAGGAAGCCGUCGAGCUGAUAAAAGAGGGUCUUCAAGCGGUCCACAAGAAAGCUCGUGAGACGAUGAGCAAGAAGAAGCAGCAGGCUACUGAGCGCGAGAAGCAUUUGCCUGCACCAAGGCAAUUCCAGGAAGGAGACAGAGUGCGCAUAUACAAUGACCAAGUGCAUAAGUGUCUCAGCAAGAAGCUGGCCUCACCUUGGCGGACAGUCGGCAUCGUUCAGGAGAAGAAAGGACCAGUUACCUACAAGGUCCGUGUGUGUGGCGAUCAAAAGGCGAGGAGCAUCAAUGUCGAUCGGCUGAAGAGAGCACCACCACCAGAAGACGAGGAAGCGCCACCACCAGAAGACGAGAUCGAAGUGACGGAAGGCGACCUGAAGAGGGACAAAAGGCAGACAGUCUUCAAUCAGCACGCAUUCUUGUCGCCUGAGCAAGAGCAUACCUUGAAGGAUUUUUCCCUCGAGGAAGACCACGUGCCGACAGCCCGAACGCAGAGAGCAUCAGAGGCCACAUUUGACCCGAUGGCACAUGACCCGAGCCUCAGAGACGUCCAACCAGACCAGCGAUUUGGGCGUGGCGAGCGGCACGAAGUCGAACAGGUCAUCGGCAAGAGGACGCACCACGGCAAGGUGCAGUACAAACUCAAAUGGCGCUGGUAUCCGCUCUCGCACGCAACCUGGGAAGACGAAGAGAUUCUCACUUGCACAGAACUCGUACAGGAAUACGAAAACAGUGACAACGUGCCUGACCUGGACGAGCAUGCUUCGCUCUUUCCCGCGUUGUACAGUGUGGUGAGAGUCCGCCAUGUAAAGGAGCUCAAUCGCGAGCACACCGUCAAGGUGACGGGGUUGGACAAGGAAGGCAUACAGAUACAAUACCUGAAGGAAUCGACGCGCACAAAGAGACUAAAGAAGAAGAGUCUCGUAGGACGGAAGCGGACCAUUCCUUUGGCUAGCUUCCUUCGGAAUUACCAAUGGGAGAGAGAGUGUGACGAUCCAGCUGUGCCUGCUCCAUUUGGCGGCACAGCAUGGCAACCGAUCAGAGUGCAUGGACUGACGAGUUCCCAGCGCUCUUGAAACGCUACCUGAGGGAUGACAACAGCAGCAGCCACAGCAUCCUUCUCUCUAUGUGCAUGAAUGUGUGGGGGGGGUGUGUUACGUGUGUGUGCGUGUGUGUGUGUGUACCUGUGUUGCUGCUGAGGGUGCGUGACUACAUGACUGCAUGAUUACAUGAUUGCAUGAGCCUGGCUGCGUUUCCUUGAAGGUGUAACUUUAGACACGUCAUCGUCACGCAGCCAGAGAUAGAAAGGGAAAAAGGGAGAGAGAGAAUUCGAAGCAAGAGGCGCAUGGGUCCAGGGGAUCGGCUAUCGGCUGUGCCGCGCCCCGGAUCCUGCAUGCAC